AUACCGCGUAUAUGGGUUGGUAUUGGGGUAUCACACGUAGAUGGAUCACACGUGACCCACAGCCCUUAGCUGGACACAUGCCACGGCCACCGACAGACAGUUACAUCCCUAGUGGGAUGAACGAGAGAGAUUACGUCCGUGCUUUUGAUAGCAUUGAGGCUGAUAUUGAUGCGACCGUGCCUGAGAUUCAGGAUCAGGUGGCGUUAGGGCUCCUCGGCAGGAUCAAGAAGACCAUAGCACAGGUGUUUCAUAAGACUCACGUCGACGAGUUCGCAGGCCGUGAGGACAGGUCUCGAUCAUUUGGGCAAGCGUACACUCGGCGCCGACGGCCACGUGACGAUGACGGCGGCACUUCGCAUGCUGAUGGAGCCGGCACUUCGCAUGCUGAUGGAGCCGGAACUUCACAUGCUGAUGAAGCCGGCACUUCACAUGCUGAUGGAGCCGGCACUUCGCAGCCUCACACACAGCCGGAUACUCAGAUAGUCGAGGCUCAUCAGCGCGGGGGGCGGGGAAGAGCGAGGGGGAGGGGGAAGAGAGGGAGAGGAAGGAGAGGAGCUAUAUUGGGUUGUAUUUGAACUUAUUUUGUUAAAAUUUGUAAAUUGUAUGAAUUUUUAAAUACUAUACUUUUAUGGAUCAAUUAUAGCUCGAUAUAUGAUCUUUUUGCGUAUUG